AUGACUUCUCCAAAGAUGAGUGAGAUGAGAGAAGAGGAGAGUAAAUCCUUAGGCAUCAUCUUUAGAUAUGCAGAUUGGGUUGAUAUGUUGCUUAUGUUGCUGGGAACAGUUGGAGCUAUUGGAGAUGGCAUGUCCACAAACUUCUUACUGGUCUUUGCCAGCCGCAUAAUGAAUAGUUUGGGUUAUGGUAAGACCCGACAGCACAAUGAGAAUUUCAUGGUUGAGGUCCAAAAGUGCAGUUUAGACUUUGUGUACUUGGGAUUAGCAGUCAUGGUGGUGGCUUUUAUGGAAGGCUAUUGUUGGAGUAAAACAAGCGAGCGACAAGUUUUGAAGAUUCGAUACAAGUAUUUGGAAGCUAUUCUUCGACAAGAAGUUGGGUUUUUUGAUUCACAAGAAGCUACUACAUCAGAGAUCAUCAACAGUAUAUCAAAAGAUACUUUUCUCAUACAAGAAGUACUAAGCGAAAAGGUGCCCAUAUUUUUGAUGCACGCGUCUGUGUUCAUCUCAGGACUUGCAUUUGCCUCCUACUUUUCAUGGAGACUAUCCUUAGUAGCCUUCCCAACUCUUCUUCUGCUAAUCAUCCCUGGAAUGAUUUAUGGAAAAUACCUUCUCUACUUGUCAAAGAAAGCUCGGAAGGAGUAUGGCAAAGCAAACGCUAUCGUUGAGCAGGCCUUAAGCUCCAUUAAGACUAUUUAUUCAUUCACUGCCGAGAAGAGAAUCGUUGAUCGAUAUUCAGCAAUAUUGGAUAGGACAGCAAAGUUGGGAAUCAAGCAGGGCAUAGCAAAAGGACUAGCAGUUGGGAGUACAGGGCUUUCUUUUGCAAUAUGGGCUUUCCUUGCUUGGUAUGGAAGUCAUUUGGUCAUGUACAAACGAGAAAGUGGAGGGAGGAUCUAUGCUGCUGGCAUUUCCUUCAUAUUGAGUGGAUUAUCCCUUGGAAUGGCACUUCCUGAUUUGAAGUACUUCACAGAAGCUUCUGUUGCUGCUACACGGAUAUUCAAAAGGAUUGAUAGAGCUCCAGAAAUCGAUAGUGAAGACACAAAAGGACUUGUCUUAGGCAAAAUUAAAGGCGAAAUUGUGUUCCAGGAUGUUAGAUUCACAUACCCUUCUCGUCCAGAUGCCAUCGUUCUCAAAGAUUUCAACCUGAAAGUUGAGGCAGGAAAAACAGUUGCUCUUGUUGGAGCAAGUGGGAGUGGAAAGUCCACUGCAAUUGCGUUGCUCCAGCGAUUUUAUGAUGUUGAUAGUGGCAUUGUGAAGAUUGAUGGUGCUGAUCUGAGAACAUUGAAUUUGAAAUGGAUAAGGGGACAAAUGGGACUUGUUAGUCAAGACCAUGCUUUGUUUGGGACAUCAAUAAAAGAGAAUAUCAUGUUUGGGAAGCUUGAUGCCACCAUGGAUGAAAUCAUGGCUGCUGCUAUGGCUGCAAAUGCUCACAACUUUAUAAGGCAGCUUCCAGAGGGGUAUGAAACAAAGGUUGGUGAAAGAGGAGCAUUCCUUUCCGGGGGACAAAAGCAGCGAAUUGCCAUUGCUAGAGCAAUAAUCAAGAACCCUGUGAUUCUCCUACUCGAUGAAGCAACCAGUGCUCUCGACUCUGAAUCAGAAACACUGGUCCAAAAUGCACUUGAUCAAGCGACCAUGGGAAGAACUACUCUGGUUGUUGCACAUAAGCUCGCUACAGUUCGAAAUGCAGACCUCAUUGCAGUCGUCAACGAUGGUUGUAUCAUUGAAAUAGGUUCGCACAAUGAUCUCAUCAACAUACAAAAUGGCCACUAUGCCAAACUAGCAAAGUUACAGAGACAAUUCAGCUGUGAUGAGCAAGAGCAAAAUCCUGAAACUCGCAUUUCUUCAGUUACAAGAAGCAGUGCCGGUAGGCAAAGCACUGGAAGAUCAAGUCCAGCUGCCUUUGCUUCGCCAUUACCUGUUGUUGAUAGCCCAAAACCUCAGUCCCACCCUCCGCCUUCCUUCUAUCGGCUUCUUUCUUUAAAUACACCUGAAUGGAAGCAAGGCCUAAUGGGAAGUAUUUCAGCUAUAACAUUUGGUGCUGUGCAACCUGUCUAUGCGUUAACCGUUGGUGGAAUGAUUGCAGCUUUCUUUGCACCAAACCAUGAUGAAGUGCGGGAUCGAAUACGUACAUAUGCUUUAAUAUUCUGCUCUCUUUCCUUGAUUUCUAUCAUCGUAAAUCUUGUGCAACACUACAAUUUUGCAUACAUGGGUGAGAAGCUAACCAAGAGAAUCCGAUUGAGAAUGCUAGAGAAGAUCUUGAGCUUUGAGACAGCUUGGUUCGAUGAAGAGCAAAACUCUAGUGGGGCUUUAUCCUUAAGAUUGAGCAUUGAAGCCUCCAUGGUUAAAACCCUUGUCGCUGACAGGGUCUCUUUGUUAGUUCAAACCACUUCCGCAGUUACCAUAGCCAUGAUAAUGGGGCUAGUUGUGGCUUGGAAGCUUGCAAUUGUUAUGAUAGCGGUUCAACCCCUGACAAUUCUGUGUUUCUACGCCAAGAAGGUUUUGCUCUCUAGUAUUUCAACAAAUUUUGUCAAGGCACAAAAUCAAAGUACUCAAAUUGCUGUGGAAGCAGUCUAUAAUCACAGAAUCGUGACUUCAUUUGCAAGUGUGGGAAAGGUACUUCAACUUUUUGAUGAUGCUCAGGAGGAACCAAGGAAGGAGGGCAGGAAAAAAUCAUGGUUAGCAGGAAUUGGUAUGGGGUCUGCUCAGUGCCUAACAUUCAUGUCAUGGGCUCUAGAUUUUUGGUUUGGAGGUACUCUAGUGGAAAAGGGAGAGAUAUCGGCAGGAGAUGUGUUCAAAACAUUUUUCAUUUUAGUGAGCACCGGGAAGGUUAUAGCUGAAGCAGGAAGCAUGACUUCAGAUUUAGCCAAAGGUUCAACAGCAGUGGCAUCUGUGUUCCAGAUUCUGGACAGACAAUCCCUAAUUCCAGGUUCUUACCAAGCCGGUGAUAGAAGUAGUGGAACCAAGUUAGAAAAAAUAACCGGAAAGAUAGAAAUGAAGAAGGUUGAUUUUGCAUACCCAAGCCGGCCGGAGACCCUAAUACUUCGACAGUUUUGCUUGGAGGUGAAGCCAGGCACUAGCAUUGGACUAGUAGGAAAAAGUGGAAGUGGAAAAUCAACGGUGAUUGGAUUAAUUCAAAGAUUCUAUGAUGUUGAGAAGGGGUCAGUAAAAGUAGAUGGAGUGGACAUAAGGGAACUAGACAUUCAAUGGUACAGGAAGCACACAGCCCUUGUCAGCCAAGAACCCGUGUUAUAUUCAGGCAGCAUCCGCGACAACAUCAUGUUUGGGAAGCUUGAUGCUUCCGAGAAUGAAGUGGUGGAGGCUGCAAGAGCUGCAAAUGCUCAUGAGUUCAUCUCAUCACUUAAAGAAGGGUAUGAAACUGAAUGCGGUGAAAGAGGAGUGCAAUUAUCAGGAGGACAAAAGCAAAGAAUAGCAAUAGCAAGAGCUAUACUUCGGAACCCAACCAUGUUAUUGCUAGACGAGGCAACAAGUGCUCUUGACGUUCAAUCAGAGCAAGUUGUCCAAGAAGCACUGGACCGAAUCAUGGUUGAGAGGACUACGAUUGUCGUAGCUCACCGGCUUAACACCAUAAAAAAACUGGAUUCCAUUGCCUAUGUUGCAGAUGGGAAGGUGGUGGAGAGAGGAACUUAUGCUCAACUAAAGAACAAGAGAGGUGCCUUCUUUGACUUAGCUAGUCUCUAA